CAACGGAAAGAGCCAAAGGGACACAGCGGAUCACCGAUCAACAGAAAGAGCCGAUGACGUCAGCUGUGUCCAAUCACAGCUGAUCGCAUGAGAGCCGGUAAUCUGCAUUACUCAUGUACAUUGUGGACAUGUACACUGAUCAUCAUAGCACUGAUGAUCUCUGUUCCUUGUUGAUCAGUGUAGCCCCAUCAGUGCCACCUGUCAGUGUCCAUCAAUGCCACUUGUCAUUGCCCAUCAGUGCCACCUGCCAGUGCCCAUCAGUGCCACAUAUCACUGCCUACCAGUGCACAUCAAUGCCGCAUAUCAGUGCCCAUCUGAGCUGCCUUUCAGUGCCGCCUAUCAGUGGCAGUCGGUGCCGCCUAUCAGUGCCCGUCAAUGCAGCCUAUCGGUGCUGCCUAUCAGUGUCAGUCAGUGCAGCCUGUCAG